CAUUUGGGGAUUCAUUCAGCGGACAGACCAUUGUUUAGAUGUGAUGUCAUUGACUGCGGGAAGGCAUACAAGACAACUGUUGGUCUAUUAGUACAUUCGCGAACACAUGAAAGCGGACCGACACUGAAAUGUGGGAUUAAUGGAUGCAAUGAUAUGUUCACAACUCAACACCAGAAACGCAAACAUCAAACCGAUGUCCACAAUCGGGCGCCAGUUAUUACUCGCGUAUACAAAUACCGGUGCGAUUGGCCGGGAUGUGAGUGGAGCGGCAAAGAUAUCAAAGAACAUAAACGGUUACAUUCGGGCGAAAAGCCAUUCCAGUGUUUAUGGCCCGACUGUGGCAAACGGUUCCGAAUGAAACCCAAUUUAAGAGAUCACAUGAAUAUUCACAACAAUGUUAAGCCCUAUGCGUGUCAUUGGCCCGGAUGUACAUAUGGGGCCACUAAUAGUGAAGACAAUCAACACUUCCGGACAUUAUCUCAACGAUUGGAUCAAUUGAAUGAGCAGAAGAGCACACGUGAUAACGAUUCCAAUGCUAUCACUGAAUCUGAUUCGCGAUUUAAGAGUCCAUCGAAACGACAAUUAAAGCGAAAAAGAAAACCUCGAAAACAAGAAGUGAUACAAACUUUCAAUGAUAUCAAUACACACACAGACAUCGGUUCCGCCCAAAACUUGGGCCAAGAAAUCGAUGAAUCAAAUGAUAAUAUUAUGACCACAGAGGCUGUCGAAGAGGAAUCGGUGGUCAAAACGGAUUCAAAUCAAUCACUUUAUGAAUCCUUACGACACAAACGGGAAGAAAGAGAGAAAUGCUAUGAUUUGAACAAAAGUGCAUUCAUUUGUCCGAUAAAUAAGUGCCACAAGAGUUACGAAACGGACGAUCGGUUUCAGUAUCACUUGCGGUACAAACACUCGUCGCCGCGGUUUGUGUGUCAACACACGGGAUGUGGUAAACGCUUCCGACGGCGCGACGCUCUGGACGUUCACUCACUCAAUCACGAAGACAUUAAACGAGUCGAGUGUCCCAUCAAUGGCUGCCACUAUCGAUGCACAGCCGAGAAGUACUUAACGCAACACUUGUUGUCCCAUUCGGCGGACCGGGAAGUGUUUCGAUGCGAUUUCAUUGGCUGUCAGAUGACAUAUAAGACAAUAUCGGGUCUGAAUGGACACCAGAGGACACACCGAACGGUUCCCACGUAUAGGUGCGGUGUCGACGAGUGUAGCGAAAUGUUUUUCGGCACUCAUGCGCGUCGACGGCAUCAGGAAGUGGUCCACAAUCGGCGACCGUUUGUCAAACGGGUCAUCAAAUACGGGUGCGAUUGGCCGGGAUGUGAGUGGACGGGCGGUCACGUCAACGAACACCGGCGCAUACAUACGGGAGAGAUGCCCGCCGUCUGUCAUUGGCCAGACUGUGGCAAACGGUUCCGCAGUAACGCCUGUCUUCGCAAUCACAUGAAUAUCCAUACGAAUGUUCGCCCGUAUGUCUGCCAUUGGCCGGGAUGUCAGUACAGCGCCGCCAAUAGCGGUAAUCUCGCGAAGCAUAAGAAGUUGGUUCAUAAGUUA